AUUAAUUUAUGGUUUUUCUUUCAUUUUAUUUAUUUAAUUAAUUUAUGGUUUUUCUUUCGGAAAAUUUGGCUUUGGAUUUUUGGAUCUAUUGCCUAAAACUUUGAGCCGGAGAUAGAAAAUAAUAAAGGAGGCCUCAAAUUAAAAAGGUAUGGCCACACUCAAGCUUUGGACUUCAACGACGACGGUUUUCAUCAUUUCGUCAACCAAGCGACGGAAGAGGAAACGAGGCACAGUUUUCAUCGGUUCAUCUGCUCUAUCGUUAUUAUUUAAAGAUAAGUUGCCUUGAAUAGCGAAAAUACACAAUUACUUUACUUUAAGUUUUAACUAUAAUGGACGGAACAGGAAACGACACACCAGCGAUCGGCAUCGACCUUGGAACAACCUACUCAUGUGUUGCUGUUUGGAAACAUGGGCACAUCCAAAUCAUUCCUAAUGAUCAAGGCAACAGAACCACACCUUCUUGUGUUGCUUUCGUUAAUGGAGAACGUCUCAUUGGUGAUGGCGCCAAGAACCAAGUGGCCAUGAAUCCUGCUAACACCAUAUUUGAUGCUAAAAGGUUGAUUGGAAGGAGAUUCAGUGAUUCCAAAGUGCAGGACGACAUGAAGUUGUGGCCUUUUAGGGUCAUACAAGGGCCUUCAGACACACCGAAGAUUGUUGUCUCCUAUAGAGGUGAAGAGAAGGAAUUUUUGGCUGAAGAAAUUUCUUCCAUGAUUCUUGGGAAGAUGAAAGACACUGCCCAGACAUACCUCGGAAAAAUUGUGGAAAAGGCUGUGAUAACUGUUCCAGCUUACUUUAACGAUUCACAACGACAAGCAACAAAGGAUGCUGGAGCUAUUGCUGGACUUAAUGUCAUGCGAAUCAUCAAUGAGCCAACAGCAGCUGCGAUUGCAUAUGGUUUAGACAAUAAGUCGGAUAUUACUUCCAAGAUCAAUGUGCUUGUGUUUGAUUUGGGUGGUGGCACUUUUGAUGUCUCUCUAUUAACAAUGGCGGAAGGUGGUGGUACCCUUGAGGUGAAAGCCGUUGCAGGUGACACUCAUUUGGGAGGUGAAGAUUUUGAUAGUCGUAUGGUGGAUCAGUGUGCUCAGGAAUUCAAGAGGAGAUGGAAUAAGGACUUAACGGGCAACAAAAGAGCCUUGGGGAGGUUGAAAUGUGCUUGUGAGAAAGCAAAACGGAUUCUUUCAUGCGAUAUUUUGACUUCAAUUGAAAUAGACGGCUUGCAUGAGGGGAUUGAUUUUUCUAUGAAAUUCAGUCGAGCUAAAUUUGAAGAGCUCAACAUUGGUUAUUUCGUUAAAUGCAUUGAGACAUUAGAGGCAUGUUUGAAUGAUGCAAAAAUGGAUAAAUCAUGUGUGAAUCAGGUGAUCCUUGUAGGCGGCUCAACAAGAAUACCAAAAGUCCAGUGUAUGUUGCAGGAAUUUUUUGAGAGAAAAGAACUAUGUAAGAGCGUAAACCCUGAUGAGGCAGUUGCUUAUGGUGCAGCUGUUAUGGCUGCAAAGCUAAGUGGUAACACGGAUAAGUGUUUUCAAGAUCUGUUGUUAUUGGAUGUAACUCCUUUGUCCCUUGGUAUAGAAGUAAAAGGAGAAGUAUUUGAUGUUUUGAUCCCACGUAACACCCCAAUUCCUACAAAGAAAUCCAAAUUUCAUACUACAUGUUAUGACAACCAAUCUGAGGUUUGCAUCAAAGUCUAUCAAGGUGAAAGAGCCAGAUCUGUAGAUAACCAUUUGUUGGGGAUGUUCACACUUUCUGGAAUACCUCUGGCUCGAAAAUGUGUCCCACAAAUCAACGACUGCUUUGAAAUGGAUGCUAAUGGGAUCCUCACAGUCACAUCGGAGAUAGUGUCAACCGGUGCGACUGAGAAACUCACAAUUACAAACCAAAAUGGAAGACUCUCCACUGAUGAAAUUGAGAAAAUGGUAAAAGAUGCUGACAAAUACAAACAGGAUGAUCAAGAAUACAAGAAGAAAGCAAUUGCAUUCAAUGCAUUAGAGGACUGCUUAUACAACAUGAAGCAUAAGAUGAAAAACAUAGAAAAUGGUGAGAGGUUGCUUAAAAUGGAGCAUGUAGUUGCUGACACAACCAAGUGGCUCCAGCAGAACCAAGCUGCAUCUGCUGAUGAGCUUCAGCGCAUGAGGGAAUAUAUCGAGUCCAUAUGCAUGUGAGAGUUUCAGCUUUCAAAUCAUGAUUGUUGGACCCACUCAUCUUCUAAAGCCUUUUUUGUUUAAUAAGAUGAUAAACAGUAACCUGCAACUUCUUUAAACGGAGCCAGUCCAAAAUGUUAAACCAUGAUCCACUUUUUAUCAUUUUUAUUAGUUGUAACAAAAACAUGAACA